AUGCAGGGCUUCAAUAUGGGACGCUAUGUCCCUCCGGACCAAGAAGGUGUAAUAAGCGGCAACAAACUCGCCGGCAAGCACGCACUCGGCGCACGCGCGCGCCACCUCCACACAACCGGCGCCCUAAUCGUGCGAUUUGAGAUGCCCUUCGCAGUAUGGUGCACGAACUGCAAACCACACCCGGUCAUCAUCGGACAGGGUGUGCGAUUCAAUGCAGAGAAGAAAAAAGUCGGCAACUACUACUCAACACCGAUCUACAGCUUCCGCAUGAAACACACAGUCUGCGGCGGGACAAUCGAGAUCAAGACCGAUCCUCAGAACACGGCCUAUGUCGUUACCGAGGGUGGGCAGAAGAGGGAUACUGGUGAAGACAGGGAGCUGCAGCCUGGUGAGAUUGCCAUCACUCCAUACGCGCUGAAGGAUACUGCGGAGAAGGAUUCAUUUUCGAAACUUGAGGGGAAGAUGGAGGAUAAGGCUCGUGCGAAGACGGAGGCUAGUCGGAUUCUGGAGCUUCAGGAGCGGCAGAGGCGUGAUUGGGAGGAUCCGUAUGAGAAGUCCAUGCGAUUGCGUAGGACGUUUCGGCAGGAGCGGAAGGGACUUGAGAAGGCCGCAGCGAAGCGGGAGGCGAUUCAGGAUAAGAUGAGUCUUGGGAUUGAGCUUCUGGAUGAGACGGAGACGGAUCGGCAGAAGGCGAAGAUGGUGGAGUUUGGUGAGGAUUCCGCUACUGUUGCCCGCGCGAUUCGUGCUCGGCCGAUGUUUGAGCAGCGAGUGGAGAAACCCGCACAAAAUAUGGGUUCGAAAGAGACCAAAUCUCGCUCUUCAAGGCGGCCUAGAAAGGAGGAUCUGAUUGCAGCGCGGAAAGCUUCUCUGCGCAAUGAACUGGUGGCGAAUACUCGUGCUACUAUUGAUCCGUUCUUGGUGGAUAACGCAGGUCGUCCAAAUGCACAGCGACCCAGCAUCAAGAAAAGAAAGAUUGUCGCUUCUUCUACUACGUCUAUUCCAUUACCCCAUGAGACCCCGAGUGGCACAGAAGAAACGUCUAAUGUGCGAUCCGCGCCGGCGCUGGUCGACUACCCUUCCGAUUCGGAGUGA